ACAGAAUCUGGCAAAGGCCAUCGAAGUAGAUCAACAGUGUGUGCACUUAACAGUGUUCAAAUUCGAAGAUUAAUGUUAUCCUAUUAAAUAACUUACGAUUUUUAUUUUAAAUUUCCCGCACAGUAUUGAACAAGCUACCAACUUAACGAUAAUUUAGUGUCAACUUAUCGUCGAUUCGAAACGUGAUUCUAAUUAUUCGUUUGAACUAUUUUCUUUAAAAAUAUCUGCACAUUUUCGUGUUUGUCUAAUUAUGGUCAACUUUACACAGAGAAUGUUAGUAUUUUUAGCAUGUGCGAGCGGUCACACUGUAUUUCUACAUCUAUCAACGACAACAACAAAAAGAGGAAAUAUAAAAAUUUACAAAUUCGCAAGCUGCACACAGCGUUUGAGUCGCAUUUAAGUCAUUUAUAGACCAUCUAAGGCAAACGAUAAUAACGCAACUCGGCGCACAAAUAGCCAGCGAGUGAAUAUUCUCAUUAGAAGGCCAAGAAAAUUCAAUUGGAAAUAUCGAUAGCAGCAUGUCUGUCAGUGACUUCAUAAAAGGUUUGCCCAUUCACGACUCCAACAAUUUCACACACCUGAGCAACGACCAUGGCAUACGCACAUCGCAGAAGCGCGCUUCUGUCUACUUGCCCACCGAGGAUGUGCCCGAGCCCGCACAGCUGAUCGUUAUGGAUAAGCGAUGUGUGCUGUUGCGCUAUCUCACCCAACAGUGGGACAAGAAGACGCUGCAACGGAAGCGAGAACACGGCUCAGAGUCGAGCACAAAUAAUGCCAACAGCACCCCGAAUGGCAACAGUAGCAAAAAGCGCCCACGCCUAGAUGCCAACGAGCUCAACUGAAGCAGCAGUGGACAGUGGAAGGAAGACAGCAGCAAGACGUAAAAACAACGGCACAUAUAAACACACACACACACACAUUCAUAAUACACAACUCUAUGAAGAGCCACAAAUUACCAUUUCUUUCCCAUUUAUGCUUAAAAUAAAAUACUUUACAACUAA